GUUUUCCUCAAGUGCAAACGCAGAAACAUCACUGAGAUUGUGGUGUGUGAUGACUCAAUCGAAAAUGGCUGUCUCAGAUUGUUACAAAGCUUGCUUGUGUGUGUUAUUGAUGGUGUUUGGGUUGGCUUGUGGUCAGCUAACUUCAAAUUUCUACGGCACAUCUUGCCCCACGGCUCUCUCCAUCAUAAGAUCUGCUGUGGUCAGUGCAGUUUACAAAGAGCAUCGCAUGGGCGCUUCCUUGCUUCGUCUCCAUUUCCACGACUGCUUUGUCAAUGGGUGUGACGCGUCAGUGCUGUUAGAUGACACGUCGAGCUUCACAGGGGAGAAGACAGCAGCAGCAAACACGAAUUCCCUGAGAGGUUUCGAAGUGAUCGACGACAUCAAAUCCAAGUUGGAGGCUGCUUGUCCAGGAGUUGUUUCUUGUGCUGAUAUUCUAGUUGUUGCAGCUCGUGAUUCUGUUGUAUCUUUGGGUGGGCCAUCAUGGACAGUAGAGUUAGGCAGAAGAGACUCAACCACAGCAAGUAAAGAUGCAGCCACUCAGGAUAUUCCAUCUCCUUUAAUGGAUCUCAAUGCCCUUAUCAAAGCCUUUUCCGAUAAGGGUUUUACCGCAAAGGAAAUGGUAACCCUCUCAGGAGCUCACACAACGGGACAAGCGAGAUGCCAGUUAUUCCGAGGUCGGAUAUACAACGAAACCACCAUUGACACAGACUUUGCAACGUCAGUGAAAUCCAAGUGUCCUAGCCUUGGCAACGACGACGACCUGUCGCCACUGGAUGUGACCACCAAUGUUCUGUUCGACAACGCUUAUUACAAGAACUUGGUGAACAAGAAAGGGCUUCUUCAUUCGGAUCAACAGCUCUUCAGUGGUGGCUCCACCGACUCUCAGGUCACUUCCUACAGCACCAACCCUUCGUCUUUCUUCCAAGACUUUGCUACUGCUAUGGUCAAGAUGGGAAACCUUAGCCCUUUGACCGGCUCUAGUGGUCAGAUUCGCACUAAUUGCCGCAAGGUUAACUGAUCAUGACGAUGAUGAUUCAUCUGCAGAACAUGCUCUGUUUUAAUUUGUUAUGUUUGUUAUCUAGUAAUUCCAUGUUUAAUUUUUCUGGUGUUUGCUAGCGUAUUAUGUGGAUCCAGUUACAAGUAAUUAAUGAUCGUCUAAGUUGUAACGUAUUCUCAUGCAUACGCUCUCCCUCAAAACGGAGAUGGAUGUGCUGGUUUGGUUUUAUUCGAAAUUUAGUAAUGAUUUGUUUCCCUCCA